ACAGCUCGCACUACCAAAUUCACCCUCGUGCACAUCCCCCCGUUUACUACGACCCAAACCCUCCUAGAGGAGCCCGUGGGCCGCUCCGGACGCGGCGGCGGCGGCGGCGGCGGCGGGGAGGCGCGGUGGCCCGCGGGCGAGCAGACAUUGAUGCCAGGCUGAACCACCAUACAAAGUAGAAAGUCUUAAAAAGGACUUGGGAAAGUCUUUGGAUUGUGCUGAAACUCAGCCAGGAUGGCCAAGUAUGGAGAGCACGAAGCCAGGUCCGAUGAUGGGCAGAAUGAGUUCAGUGACAUCAUUAAGUCCAGAUCUGAUGAACAUAAUGAUGUGCAGAAGAAAACCUUUACCAAAUGGAUAAAUGCUCGAUUUUCAAAGAGUGGAAAACCACCCAUCAAUGAUAUGUUCACUGACCUCAAAGAUGGAAGGAAGUUAUUGGAUCUUCUAGAAGGACUCACAGGAACAUCACUGCCAAAGGAACGGGGUUCCACGAGGGUACAUGCCUUAAAUAACGUCAACAGAGUGCUGCAGGUUUUACAUCAGAACAAUGUGGAAUUAGUGAAUAUAGGAGGAACUGACAUUGUAGAUGGAAAUCACAAAUUGACUUUGGGACUACUUUGGAGCAUCAUUUUGCACUGGCAGGUAAAAGAUGUCAUGAAGGACAUCAUGUCAGACCUGCAGCAGACGAACAGUGAGAAGAUCCUGCUGAGCUGGGUGCGGCAGACCACCAGGCCCUACAGCCAAGUCAACGUCCUCAACUUCACCACCAGCUGGACUGACGGACUUGCCUUCAAUGCUGUGCUCCACCGACACAAGCCGGAUCUCUUCAGCUGGGAUAGAGUUGUCAAAAUGUCCCCAAUUGAGAGACUGGAACAUGCCUUCAGCAAGGCUCAGACUUAUUUGGGAAUUGAAAAGCUGUUAGAUCCUGAAGAUGUUGCUGUUCAGCUUCCUGACAAGAAAUCCAUAAUUAUGUAUUUAACAUCUUUGUUUGAGGUGCUACCUCAGCAAGUCACAAUCGAUGCCAUCCGAGAGGUUGAGACACUCCCAAGGAAAUACAAGAAAGAAUGUGAAGAGGAAGAAAUUCAGUUACAGAGUACAGCAGCAGAGGAAGAACAUCAGAGUCCCCGAGCUGACACCCCCAGCACUGUCACUGAGGUGGACAUGGAUCUGGACAGCUAUCAGAUAGCACUGGAAGAAGUACUGACCUGGUUGCUUUCUGCAGAGGACACCUUCCAGGAGCAGGAUGACAUUUCUGAUGAUGUGGAAGAAGUCAAAGACCAGUUUGCCACCCACGAAGCUUUUAUGAUGGAGCUGACCGCACACCAGAGCAGCGUGGGGAGUGUCCUGCAGGCGGGAAACCAGCUGAUCACACAAGGCACCCUGUCAGAUGAAGAGGAGUUUGAGAUUCAGGAACAAAUGACCCUGCUGAAUGCGCGGUGGGAGGCUCUCCGGGUGGAGAGCAUGGAGAGACAGUCCCGGCUGCAUGACGUGCUGAUGGAAUUGCAGAAGAAGCAGCUGCAGCUGCUCUCGGCCUGGCUCACCCUCACGGAAGAACGCAUUCAGAAGAUGGAAACCCGUCCCCUGGACGAUGAUGUACAGUCCCUGCAGAAGUUGCUUGAAGAACAUAAAAGUUUGCAAAAUGAUCUUGAGGCUGAACAGGUGAAAGUAAAUUCCUUAACCCACAUGGUGGUAAUUGUUGAUGAAAACAGUGGUGAGAAUGCAACAGCUGUUCUGGAAGAUCAGUUACAGGUAAGAAACCUGCAAAGUAGGGCAGUUCUGGAGGACCUAUGUUCCAAGACCCAAUUGUGUUCCUCCUGGGCUUUAAGUCCUAAGUCAUUGUUUAUCCAAAAGGGUAGAAAAACUACUUGCCUGUUGAAAGCCUGGCUUACCGAAAAAGAAGAGGCUUUGAAUAAAGUCCAGACGAGCAACUUCAAAGACCAGAAGGAGCUAAGCGUCAGUGUCCGACGUCUGGCUAUUUUGAAGGAAGAUAUGGAAAUGAAGCGCCAGACGUUGGAUCAGCUGAGUGAGAUUGGCCAGGAUGUGGGUCAGUUACUUGAUAAUCCCAAGGCGUCUGAGAAGAUGAACAGUGACUCGGAGGAGCUGACUCAGAGAUGGGAUUCUUUGGUUCAGAGACUAGAAGAUUCCUCUAACCAGGUGACUCAGGCUGUAGCGAAGCUGGGGAUGUCCCAGAUUCCUCAGAAGGAUCUUUUGGAGACGGUUCGUGUAAGAGAACAAGUAACUACCAAAAAGUCUAAGCAGGAACUGCCACCGCCUCCUCCUCCAAAGAAGAGACAGGUCCAUGUGGACAUUGAAGCUAAGAAAACGUUUGAUGCUGUAAGUGCAGAGCUGAUGAACUGGAUUCUGAAAUCAAAGACUGCCAUUCAGAGUUCAGAGAUAAAAGAGUAUAAGAAGAUGCAAGAGACUUCAGAAAUGAAAAAGAAGUUGAAGGUAAAAAAAUUGAAGAACCAGCCGGGACAAGCAUAUUUGGAGACACUAAAAACACUAAAGGAUACACUAAGUGAUUCAGAAAAUAAGGCCCAGAUGUCUCUCCAUGCUCUGAAUGAUCUUGCCAAGAUGGAGAAGGCCCUGCAAGAAAAAAAGGCCCUUGAUGAAAUCCUUGAGAAUCAAAAACCCAUGUUAUGUAAACUUGCAGAAGAAACAAAGGCUUUGGAGAAAAAUGUGCUUCCUGAUGUAGAAAAAAUGUAUAAGCAAGAAUUUGAUGAUGCCCAAGGAAAGUGGAAUAAAUUAAAGGCCAAGGUUUCCAAAGAUCUACAUUUGCUUGAAGAAAUUACCUCCAAACUCAGAGCUUUUGAGGUAAAUCAGGUGGCCAUCAGGAGCUUAAGUUUAUUAAAAGGCUUCUUGGUAGAGAUGAACUUGACUUUGAAGAUAAGAGAACGUUGCUUAAAAAUGGUCAAAAUGGGGACCUAUGUGAAAUAUUGGCUGGUCAUUAAAUUACUCAGUUGGGCAUUUGUUAGUGAAAUCGAAACAAUUGAAUCAUCUCUGAAAAACAUGAAAGAAAUAGAGGCUAACCUUCGAAGCUGUCCAGCUGCUGGAAUGAAAACUUGGGUGCAGACGAGACUGGUUGACUACCAAACCCAACUGGAGAUAAUGACCAAGGAGAUUGCUGUUCAGAAAAAUAGGUUGUCUGAAAGGCAGGAAAAAGCAGUGAACCUGAAGAAAGACCUGGCGGAGAUGCAGGAGUGGAUGACCCAGGCUGAAGAAGAAUACCUGGAGAGGGAUUUUGAAUACAAGUCACCAGAAGAACUUGAGAGUGCUGUGGAAGAAAUGAAGAGAGCCAAAGAGGAUGUGUUGCAGAAGGAGGUGAGAGUGAAGAUUCUCAAGGACAACAUCAAAUUAUUAGCUGCCAAGGUGCCCUCUGGUGGCCAGGAACUGACGUCUGAGCUGAACGUGGUGCUGGAGAAUUAUCAACUUCUCUGUAAUAGAAUCCGAGGAAAGUGCCACACACUAGAGGAGGUGUGGUCUUGCUGGAUUGAACUGCUUCACUAUUUGGAUCUUGAAACCACCUGGUUGAACACUUUGGAGGAGCGGGUGAAGAGCACAGAGGCGUUGCCAGAGAGGACGGAUACAGUCAAUGAAGCCCUAGAGUCUCUGGAAUCUGUUUUGCGCCACCCAGCAGAUAAUCGCACCCAGAUUCGGGAACUUGGCCAGACUCUGAUUGAUGGGGGGAUCCUAGAUGACAUCAUCAGUGAGAAACUGGAGGCUUUUAACAGCCGCUAUGAAGAUCUGAAAACUGACCACAUGCUUCAAGUGUUGCAGGAGAGUUUGGGGGAGCUGGAUAAACAGCUCACCACGUAUUUGACUGACAGGAUAGACGCCUUCCAAGUUCCUCAGGAAGCUCAGAAAAUUCAAGCAGAGAUCUCAGCCCAUGAGCUCACUCUAGAAGAGUUGAGAAAGAAUCAGCGUUCCCAGCCCCCGACCUCCCCAGAAGGCAGAUCUGCUAGAGGAGGAAAUCAGAUGGACAUGCUACAGAGGAAACUUCGAGAGGUGUCUACCAAAUUCCAGCUUUUCCAGAAGCCUGCUAACUUUGAGCAGCGCAUGCUGGACUGUAAGCGUGUGUUGGAUGGUGUGAAAGCUGAGCUUCAUGUUCUGGAUGUGAAGGAUGUAGACCCUGAGGUCAUCCAGACUCACCUGGACAAGUGCAUGAAACUCUAUAAAACUUUGAGUGAAGUUAAACUUGAAGUGGAGACUGUAAUCAAAACAGGGAGACACAUUGUCCAGAAGCAGCAAACGGACAACCCUAAAGGGAUGGAUGAGCAACUGACCUCUUUGAAGGUCUUGUACAAUGACCUGGGUGCUCAGGUGACAGAGGGAAAGCAGGACCUGGAAAGAGCAUCUCAGCUGGCCCGGAAAAUGAAGAAAGAGGCUGCCUCCCUCUCGGAAUGGCUCUCUGCUACUGAAGCGGAGUUGGUGCAGAAGUCCACUUCGGAAGGUGUGCUUGCUGACUUGGACACGGAAAUCUCCUGGGCUAAAAAUGUUCUGAAGGAUCUGGAAAAGAAAAAAACAGAUUUAAAUGCCAUCACAGAGAGCAGUGCUACCCUCCAGAACCUGGUCUCAGGCAGCGGGCCUGUCCUGGAGGAGAAGCUGUGCGUCCUGAGCGCAGGGUGGAGCCGAGUUCGCACCUGGACAGAGGACUGGUGCAAUACCUUGAUGAACCAUCAAAACCAGCUGGAAAUAUUUGAUGGAAACGUUGCUCACAUAAGUACCUGGCUUUAUCAGGCUGAAGCUCUGUUGGAUGAGAUUGAAAAAAAACCAGCGAAUAAACGGGAAGAAAUCGUGAAGCGUUUAAUAUCUGAGCUGGAUGAUGCCAACCUUCAGGUUGAAAAUGUCCAUGAUCAAGCCAUUAUUUUGAUGAAUGCACGUGGAAUUGCAAGCAGGGAGCUUGUGGAGCCAAAAUUAGCUGAACUGAAUAGAAACUAUGAAAAGGUGUCUCAACAUAUCAAAAGUGCCAAACUGCUUAUUGGUCAAGGGCCACUGUCGUACCAACAUUUGGUUACCACUGAAGCAUUUGAAGCUGGUGUGCCUUUCUCUGACUUGGACAAAUUAGAAAAUGACAUAGAAAGCAUGUUAAAAGUUGUGGAAAAACACUCGGAAUCCAGUGAUGAUAAUGAAAAGAUGGACGAGGAGAGAGCCCAGAUUGAGGAAGUUCUACGAAGAGGAGAACAAAUGCUCCAUCAGCCUAUGGAGGACAAUAGGAAAGAAAAGAUCCGUUUGCAGUUGUUACUUUUGCACACAAGAUACAACAAAAUUAAGGCUAUCCCUAUCCAACAGAGGAAAACAAGUCCACUUGCUUCUGGAAUGAGAUCAUCCCCUCUCCCCUCGGAUUAUCUGGUUGAAAUUAACAAAAUUUUACUUACCAUGGAUGAUGUGGAAUUAUCACUUAAUAUUCCUGAGCUAAAAAACACUGUCUAUGAAGACUUCUCUUUGCAGGAAGACUCACUGAAGAAUAUCAAAGACCAACUGGACAAACUUGGGGAGCAGAUUGCAGUUAUUCAUGAACAGCAACCAGAUGUUAUCCUUGAAGCCUCGGGACCUGAAGCCAUUCAGAUUAGGGAUAUGCUAACUCAAUUGAAUGCAAAGUGGGACAGAGUUAAUAGAAUGUACAAUGAUCGUAAAGGUCAUUUUGAUAGGGCUGUGGAAGAAUGGAGACAGUUCCACUGUGACCUGAACGACCUCACACAGUGGAUAACGGAAGCUGAAGAGUUACUGGGGGACACCUGCGCUCCAGAUGGCAGCCUGGACUUAGACAAUGCCAGGAUGCAUCAGCAGGAGCUUGAAGAGGGCAUCAGCAGCCAUCAGCCCAGCCUGGUCGCAGUCAAUCGAGCUGGUGAUGGGAUUGUGCAGAGACUGUCCCCAGCAGAUGGAAGCUUCCUGAAAGACAAGCUGGCAGGGGUCAACCGACGUUGGAGCGCAGUCGUUGCCGAAGUGAAGGACAGGCAGCCCAGGCUAAAAGGAGAAAGUAAACAAGUGAUGGGGUAUAGAAAAAAGCUAGAUGAGAUUAUCUGUUGGUUAAUGAAGGCUGAGAAUACUGUGCAAAAGAGAUCAACUACAGAGCUGGAAGGAAACCUACAGGAAUUAGCAGACUUAACCCAAGAGAUGGAAGUAGAAGCUGAAAAACUCAAAUGGCUGAAUAGAACUGAACUGGAGAUGCUCUCAGAUAAAAGUCUGAGCUUACACGAAAGAGAGAAACUUUCAGAAAGCUUACGAACUGCAAACACUACUUGGAAUAAGGUGACUCACCCUAGUGUCCAAAAGGUGGCGCUAGUAUCCUCUGCAUCAGACAUGCCUGUUCACCCUCAACGUACCUCAGAAAUCUCGGUUCCUGCUGAUCUGGAUAAAACCAUAACAGAACUAGCUGACUGGCUGGUAUUGAUUGACCAGAUGCUGAAGUCCAACAUCGUCACUGUUGGGGAUGUGGAAGAGAUCAAUAGGACUGUUUCCCGAAUGAAAAUCACAAAAGCUGACUUAGAACAGCGCCAUCCUCAGCUCGAUUAUGUUUUCACGUUGGCACAGAACUUGAAAAACAAAGCUUCCAGUUCAGAUGUGAGAACAGCAAUCACAGAAAAAUUGGAAAAGGUAAAGAACCAGUGGGAUAGCACGCAGCAUGGGGUGGAUCUGCGUCGGCAGCAGCUGGAGGACAUGAUUGUGGACAGUCUUCAGUGGGCUGACCACAGGGAGGAGACGGAGGAACUGAUGAGAAAAUAUGAGGCUCGACUCUACAUGCUCCAGCAAGCCCGGAGGGAUCCGCUCUCCAAACAGAUCUCUGAUCAUCAAAUGUUGCUUCAAGAACUGGGUCCUGGUGAUGGUGUCAUCAUGGCGUUUGAUAAUGUCCUGCAGAAACUGCUGGAAGAAUAUGGUAGUGAUGACACAAGGAAUGUGAAGGAAACUACUGAGUAUCUGAAAACAUCAUGGAUCAAUCUAAAGCAAAGCAUUGCUGAUAGACAGAGUGCCUUGGAGGCUGAGCUGAGGACAGUGCAAGCCUCUCGCAGAGAUCUGGAGAACUUUCUAAAGUGGGUCCAAGAAGCAGAAACCACCUUGAAUGUGCUUGCGGAUGCCUCUCAGCGGGAGAAUGCUCUGCAGGACGGGGUCUUGGCCAGGGAACUCAAACAGCAGAUGCAGGACAUCCAGGCGGAAAUUGAUGCCCAUAAUGACAUAUUUAAAAGCAUUGAUGGAAACAGGCAGAAGAUGGUAAAAGCUUUGGGAAACUCUGAGGAGGCUACUAUGCUUCAGCAUCGACUGGAUGAUAUGAACCAAAGAUGGAACGACUUGAAAGCAAAAUCUGCUAGCAUCAGGGCCCAUUUGGAGGCCAGUGCUGAGAAGUGGAACAGGUUGCUGGCGUCUUUAGAAGAACUGAUCAAAUGGCUGAAUAUGAAAGAUGAAGAGCUUAAGAAACAGAUGCCUCUUGGAGGGGACGUUCCAGCCUUACAGCUCCAAUAUGACCACUGUAAAGCACUGAGACGUGAGUUGAAGGAGAAAGAGUAUUCUGUCCUGAACGCAGUGGAUCAAGCUCGAGUUUUCCUGGCUGAUCAGCCAAUUGAGGCCCCUGAAGAACCAAGAAGAAGCCUACAGUCAAAAACAGAAUUGACUCCCGAGGAGAGAGCCCAGAAGAUUGCCAAAGCCAUGCGUAAGCAGUCUUCUGAAGUCAAAGAGAAGUGGGAAAGUCUAAAUGCUGUCUCUAGCAACUGGCAAAAGCAAGUGGACAAAGCAUUGGAGAAACUCAGAGACCUGCAGGGAGCCAUGGAUGACCUGGAUGUGGACAUGAAGGAGGCAGAGGCUGUGCGGAAUGGCUGGAAGCCAGUGGGUGACUUGCUCAUCGACUCACUGCAGGAUCACAUCGAAAAAACCAUGGCGUUUAGAGAAGAAAUCGCACCAAUCAACUUAAAAGUUAAAGCAGUGAACGAUUUGUCCAGCCAACUAUCUCCACUUGACCUGCAUCCAUCUCUUAAGAUGUCUCGCCAGCUGGAUGACCUUAAUAUGCGAUGGAAACUUUUACAGGUUUCUGUGGAGGAUCACCUUAAACAGCUUCAGGAGGCCCAUAGAGAUUUUGGACCAUCCUCUCAGCAUUUUCUCUCUACUUCAGUCCAGCUGCCGUGGCAAAGAUCCAUUUCACAUAAUAAAGUGCCCUAUUACAUCAACCAUCAAACACAGACGACCUGUUGGGAUCAUCCUAAAAUGACCGAACUCUUUCAAUCCCUUGCCGACCUGAAUAACGUACGUUUCUCUGCCUACCGUACAGCAAUCAAGAUCCGAAGACUGCAAAAAGCACUAUGUUUGGAUCUCUUAGAGUUGAAUACAACAAAUGAAGUUUUCAAACAGCACAAGCUGAACCAAAAUGAUCAGCUCCUCAGCGUUCCAGAUGUCAUCAACUGUCUGACGACAACUUACGAUGGACUUGAACAAAUGCACAAGGACCUGGUCAACGUGCCACUCUGUGUGGAUAUGUGUCUCAACUGGUUGCUCAAUGUGUAUGACACGGGUCGGACUGGCAAAAUUAGAGUGCAGAGUCUGAAGAUUGGAUUGAUGUCUCUCUCCAAGGGUCUCUUAGAAGAAAAAUACAGAUAUCUCUUCAAGGAGGUGGCAGGGCCAACAGAGACCUGCGACCAGCGGCAGCUGGGCCUGUUACUUCACGAUGCCAUCCAGAUCCCACGGCAGCUGGGGGAGGUCGCCGCUUUUGGAGGCAGUAACAUAGAGCCCAGUGUCCGCAGCUGCUUCCAGCAGAAUAACAACAAACCAGAGAUAAGUGUGAAAGAGUUUAUAGAUUGGAUGCGGUUGGAACCACAGUCCAUGGUCUGGCUGCCAGUUUUACAUCGAGUAGCAGCAGCUGAGACUGCAAAACAUCAGGCCAAAUGCAACAUCUGUAAAGAGUGUCCAAUUGUAGGAUUCAGGUAUAGAAGCCUAAAGCAUUUUAACUAUGAUGUCUGCCAGAGCUGCUUUUUUUCUGGUCGAACAGCAAAAGGUCACAAAUUGCAUUACCCAAUGGUGGAAUAUUGUAUACCGACAACAUCUGGGGAAGAUGUCCGGGACUUCACAAAGGUGCUGAAGAACAAGUUCAGGUCAAAGAAAUACUUUGCUAAACAUCCUCGGCUUGGCUACCUGCCUGUUCAGACAGUUCUUGAAGGUGACAACUUGGAGACUCCCGUCACGCUCAUCAGUAUGUGGCCAGAGCACUAUGACCCUUCGCAGUCUCCUCAGCUGUUCCACGAUGACACCCAUUCAAGAAUAGAACAGUAUGCCACAAGACUGGCCCAGAUGGAAAGAACUAAUGGAUCUUUCCUCACUGAUAGCAGUUCUACCACAGGAAGUGUGGAGGACGAGCAUGCCCUCAUCCAGCAGUACUGCCAGACGCUCGGUGGGGAGUCCCCGGUGAGCCAGCCUCAAAGUCCAGCUCAGAUCCUGAAGUCUGUGGAAAGGGAAGAACGUGGAGAACUGGAGCGGAUCAUUGCUGACUUAGAGGAAGAACAAAGAAACCUGCAGGUGGAAUAUGAGCAGCUGAAGGACCAACACCUGAGAAGGGGGCUUCCUGUUGGCUCACCUCCAGACUCGAUUGCAUCUCCUCACCACACAUCUGAGGAUUCAGAACUUAUAGCAGAAGCAAAACUCCUUAGGCAGCACAAAGGUCGGCUGGAAGCUAGGAUGCAGAUUUUAGAGGAUCACAACAAACAGCUGGAAUCUCAGCUGCACCGCCUUCGACAGCUGCUGGAGCAGCCUGAAUCCGAUUCCCGAAUCAAUGGCGUCUCCCCCUGGGCUUCACCUCAGCAUUCUGCACUGAGCUACUCACUUGACCCUGACCCAGGCCCACAGUUUCACCAGGCAGCAGCAGAGGACCUGCUAGUCCCACCCCAGGACACCAGCACGGACCUCACAGAGGUCAUGGAGCAGAUCAACAACACUUUCCCAUCCUGCUGCCCAAAUGUCCCCAGCAGGCCACAGGCAAUGUGAAGCAUCCAUCCAGCCGGCUGACAUUUCCUGACUUACAGUAUUGCCCUUUUCUGCAAAUGCCAAUUCCAAGUUCCAUUUAAUCAGAAGCUCCAUGGCUCCUUGACACGUGCUGUUGAGCGCUGACUGUGUGUUCUACUGAGGGAGUAAAACACUUGACUAUCCAAAGAGAAAAGGAUAUUUUGUUUUUAUAAUAACCAUAUAUUAUUGUUUUCUUCUUCCCUUUCUAUGCAACUGUAAAUUAAUGAACAGAGAGAUAUUUGGAAAUGGUAAUACAUUUGUCACUGAUUUGUAUAAUGUAUACAGCAUUGGGAAAGUGGGUGGGGGCUUUCUAAUAUGAUACUGUCUUUUUAAUAACCAUGACAAAAUUUGCGUAAGAAUUAGAAGACCACUUUACAUUUUUACAUUCCUUUGGCUGUCCAUAUUAACCUUGUACAAUGACUUCAUUUAUUUCUUUGACUUUAUUACAUUAUGUUUUGGUUAUUUAUAAUUCAUCUGCCACAUGACCAAAUAGAUUUUGUGUAUUUUUUCUAUAAUUUGGCCAAAUUAGUAAGUUCAUAGACUUAAAUCGAAUAUUUUACAUAUAUAUACAUAUAUAGGUAUAUGUGUAUAUAUAUAUGUGUGUAUAUAUAUGGAUUAGGCAACAGCUCUGAGUAUACUAUUGAACUUUAUUUGACACCAGACACCUGCUUCUUCAGUAACCACUUGGAUAACCACAAUAAGAAUCCUAAAUGGCAUGACCAUUGGGAUUUUUUCCCCUGCUCUUUAUGCCUUUGUGUAAGUAAAUCUUGAUUUCUUUAUUUAUUUCAUGUCCCAAUCUAUAUAAUAAGAGAAGACAGCAUUAUAAUAAUCUCAAAGAACAUUUUACCAAAGGUUAUCCAUUGAAGCAUGUUUUUAUUUUGAUACAGAAAACAAAUGUUGCCACAACAUUUUCUAGUCCUGGGGUCUUGGUUUUCAUCAUUGAAUACAUAGCUAGCUAUUAGCUAUUGUGAGACCAGGACACAUCAAUGUUGUUAGUUCCCCUUGAAGAAAAUUUUGUUGUUUUUUGUAUUUUCCAGUCCUUUUAUCAUUCUCAAAACUUAUUUCUGAAAGCAGACCCAAGACCCAAGUUCAGUGCAUGUCUUCUUUUACCUUUUGGGGGAAUGAGCAGAAGUGUUACUACCCUUCACUUAAUCAGUGCAUUUGGGAAGGGUGCUUAUCAAAAGCCUCUGUCACUACUUCCAAAGAAGAAUGAAUAAAAUGCUUAGUUGUACUCCUGCCUCUGCCUAUGAGUGCAUUCAGUUAGGUAUUUGGUUCCUUUUUUUUUUUUUUUAACAUUCAAUUAGGUAUUGGAUUCCUUUUUAAAAAACAUUUAAUUGAUUCAUUGUAAACCUGUUACUUAGUUACCAAAUGUAGAGAAACCAAAAAUAAAAAUGAGAAUAAUAUGUUUUGAUUCAAGCAUAUGUGCUUUUAAAACAUCAGGACAUUUAAACUUUGGGUUCUCUUUAACUGGGAUCUGGCCAGGAGGAGGCUUAAAGUUAGAAAUUGCUAUUCUUUUAGAAUAGGUUGGGUGGGUUGGGGGGCAAGGGUGUAUUUGCAGCAUAGAUAUUUUGAGAAGAAGAAAAAUGUUUUAUAUAAGAGGAAAGCCAUGACCACCUUUCUACCUCAGAUCCAUCUUCCUCCAUUGUGUUGGAAAUAGCUUUAUGCUGUGCAGUCUGCAAAGUCUAGAGCUUUUAUCAGGCCAUAUCAUACCCAAGAAAGCACCUAUUUAAAGAAAAAAUUAAAUCCCCUGAACUCAGAACUCCAAGUUGUAGAUUUGGUGUUUUCCUUGUUCUUGGAGAAGUCAUAUGUUAAUUUUUUUUGCCUGUAUUUGUAUGCAAAAUGUUCUCUAUCUGCUAUUACAGAAAAGCUACAUAAAACACUACAUUGUAACCUUCUAAGUAAUAAUAAAAAGAAAUAUAUUGCAGUAACAACAAUGGGAAAUAAGUAUAUUAUUCUUUUGAAAUAUGUGGUAAAGAAUAACUCAUAGAUUAUCAUCUAAUCUGGUUACAUGUUGUAUUUUUCAUCCUGAAUAAAAGUAAUUUUAACACAAAA